CGACAGUGGUGUUAAUCGUCAACAGUCGCUGACGUCCCUGCAGUAUAGCACUCGAAACCUCGUAUCUCCUGUUUCUCGCGCGUAUAUAUAUUUAUAUAUAUACAUGUAUCGACCGGGUAGCGAAACCGCGCUUGACUGACAUCUUCAUCGUGCGUGGAAAAUUUACACCGAGCGAGAUCGCGAUGCCGUGGAAGCGAUGUGGCGGCUUGCGGAAGCGCUGAGAGUUCGGAGCAUGAAUGCUAGUCGUUCGGAGCCUGGCCUCGCGAGCGCGAGCGUGUAUGUAUACUGUAGCAGGGGGAGUCUGAGUAUGCGUAGUUGAACAAGGUCCCCGGCGGUAGAGGCAGUAGUGUUUUACAGCCGCGUAUGUGUCUUCGGCUAAAUAUAGCUGAUGGGGUAUGAAAAUAACCUGCAUACGCUUAGCGCGUCCUGAGCUCUAUACAUGCCGUAUUCAGUUCCUUGUUUUGGCCGAAGUACAGGUUUUUCUUCGGCGCGUGUACACACACGGGCGCACACGCACGCACGCGCGGGCGUCGGGCGCGUGCAGUACGGAAAACGGGUUUCGCGUCGGAUCCGGUCUGCCGACGUAUUGUUGUGACAACGAGUCAUGCGGGGGGUGGUGACCGCCGUCGCCACGCAUUAGAAGCACUCCCUGCGGAUCGCCGCAUCUUUCCGGAUCGCCGUGCGAGGCAAGCACCCUUGAAAUCACCGCGUGCGUCACGGGGAUGGCGAUGCGAUGGUGUGCGGCUGAUGAACGAGGUUUGCGGAGAUGCGCCGAAGCAGCGCUGGCACAUGGCACCGGAAUUCCCCGCAUCGCCGUCACGCAGGCGUUGACGACCUGCCCGUCACCGCGUGUCACCGAAACUUCUUGGUGACGCGAGUGACAGUGCUGCUUGUCGCAGGUCCGUGCCGUCGGCCCGCCGCUCCGCGGACACGACCGCUUCGUCGAUGAUCACGCUAGCGGCGGACGCCACCGCCACGUCGAUGUUCACGCUAGCGGCGGACGCCACCGCCACGUCGAUGGUCACGCUAGCGGCGGACGUCGUCUCUCUCGCGACAGCCUGCGUCGAGCAAUGGAGAGAGACGCUCGCCAGCGUGUCGCUGUUCGCUCUAGCGGCCUACCUCGUCGCACUGGUGAGACUCUACCGGCGCGGACAUCUUGCCCUCUGCUGGUCGCUCGCGAGGACCGUGCUGCUUGUGUUCGUCGGCACGCUGAUGACGUCACGUUUCCUUGGCGACGCGUUGGGCCUGCUCGUGCUGGCGAUAUUCGUUGGUCUGACGUGGACGGAUAUGGCCAAGGUGGAGGUGAAGCCGACCGGUAAAGCAGUCCUCAUAACAGGCUGCGACCGAGGACUGGGCUACGAGUUUGCACGCUUGUUCGACUCGCUGGGUAUGUACGUGUUCGCCGGCGUUCUGGAUUCGAAAAGCGUGGGUGCCGCCACGUUAGAAAGAUUCGGCUCCUCGCGCCUCACCGUCAUCCAGAUGGACGUCCGCAAUCUCCGCCAGGUGGAGCUGGCGGCGACCGUCGUCGAAGAGAAACUGCGCGUCGCUGGUAUUGAAGGUGUGUGGGCACUGGUGAACAAUGCAGCUAUAUUUAGCUAUGGUGAAGUGGAUUUCAUUCCCCUUAAUCAACUGGAGAAGGUGAUCAGCGUGAACGUGAUGGGAACCAUACAGGUCACUCAGCGCUUCAUGCAUCUCAUCAAGGCUGCUCAGGGUAGAGUCAUCAACAUGGCAAGCUUUACGGGUGUAGCGGCUGUUUCGCCUCUGGGACCGUACGUGAUUUCCAAGCAUGCAUUUGAAGCAUUUAGCAAUCUUCUCAGGAAAGAAAUGAGGAAGUGGAACGUCCGUGUAGUCGUAGUUCGACCAAUGGGAUUUGACACAGGUAAUCUGAAUAAAGACCUCGUCGAAAAUCUCAUCGACGAACUCUGGGACGACAUGCAUCCGCUGAAACGGGAAGAGUACGGCAAGAUGUACAUUCGCAACGUGUACGAGUCGUUGGCGGCCAUACCUCGCGAGAAGGACUUCUCAGCGCCACUCGCAGCCAUACGAGCGGCGGUAAUGUCGGUGUCGCCGAAGAACGAGUACCAUUGCGGCGCCUUCGGACGGACGCUGUCGUUGCUCAAUCACUUCCUACCUAGUGCCAUCACCGACCAAAUCAUAUUCUACGGACCUCUCAAUAAACAAGUUCGACCAAAAGCAUUGUUGUGCAAGCGCUCAAGUUAACAGAACCGGGUGUGUAGUUGAUGCGAGGCGGCUGUUCGGCGUGGGAUGAUGGUGAUAGCCACGGUGACGAUGACACCGACGACAACGAUGAUGAUAAUGACGAUGACGCCGACGACAACGAUGAUGAUAAUGACGACGACGAGGACGAUAACGAUGAUGAUAAUGACGACGACGAGGACGAUGACGAGGACGACGACGAUGACGAUAAUGUCGGUAGCGAUUAUAGCGUAUACCGCAUUCCUGGUUGAUUACCCCAGUGGGGUGGUUUAACUGUGUUUCAUCAUAAAGGUUGCGGUUUCAUCGAGCCGUGUUGCUGCCCAAACGGGAACUUGGAACGCCAAGCUGCUCAGACAUGUAUCUGUCUUAUUCAGGCUACGUGUUAACGCCCGUACGUUUCACGACCACAGUCUUACGAAACUGGCGCAAAAAUAACGGGAGAAAAUAAAGAGAGCACAUUUCUUUAUUCCCGUUCUGAGCCCCGUGUUUCCCACUCGUUGAGUAUAAAUAGAGCGCCAUAGAGCCUGGCUUGGCUGUUUGGGAUACAGAAGCUGGCUGUAUCGUACAGUUACUCAUAUCGGUACCAAUAAUGCACAAUUUAUUAUAGUUAUAGUAAGUGAAUCAAUCGCUAUGUUAUCGAAAGCAACGGCGCUGUGGGGGCUAAUACUAGUUGUGGGGCUAGCAGGAAACAUGAGAUAACAUGUAAGAGUUAACGGUAUUUUUGUUAUACGUGACUUUGUGCUGAAAUGUUUACAAGGCUUAACUCGAUCAACUUACGAGUGUGUUCGUAACGUUUUUCUCUUUUCAUUUUUUACUUGGAUUUUUUUUUAUCAGAGAACGUGUGCAAGUGGUGUAAUAUUUAAAAUAACUAGCGGGUGAGUCUAGCGAUGGGGGUAGUCUGGAUGCAUGUAGAAUCCGAAUCAGCUUGUUGACGAAUAAAAUGUAUCGCUAUAGGUAAACAA